CAUUCUGGAUGACACGCCGCCUGGUCUUCAUCAUUUGAUCUUGAAAUGUAAUAGUUCUAGAAGCGAAACUUUCGACUCAUCGCCCGUCCCCCACGGCAAUGACCGCAGAUGUGAGCUAUAAAAGUCAAAACCCCCAUCUCUAGAAGUCAGUACGAGUCCCAGAUUCUACCAGUGAUAAUUGGUUCAUACGCAGCUGUUACCAAGCAGUCUCGUGCAGUGUGCCUGCAGUCGCCAAGAGAGAGAGACAACCCGAGUCUGACAGUGGUGUUGGGUUUAGGCUAGCCUUGUAAGGGAUCGCUCUUCAGGAAGCCACCUAGAACGGUUGAGCGUUCAAGUGAAGCUUUGGGGAUAACCGGCUUCUGGUAAAGUCUAAAGUAAAGAAAAAGUUUUAGGAAUAAUGGCAGGAAGAAUACCUAGAGGCAGAAAAGUUCCACCAGAGGUGAUCGCUCUGUUUGACAAGUACGUGGAUAACAAUGUACGCCAUCUGACUAAAGACGAGGCCGUAGCCAUGUUGUGUAAGGAGUUCGAUCUCUCAUCAAACGAGGCUGAGAACUUGUUUGAAACAUUUGAUAAGGAUCACAAUGGAAUGAUGAGUGUCUGGGAAUUUCAACAGUUUUACACGACAGUGGGAAACAAUGCUCAUACAAUGGUGGAGAUGUUUAAAAAGCUGGACAAAGACGGAAGUGGAAAGCUGGACUUGGAGGAGGCCAGACUUGGGCUACAACAGCAACACACCGGCACUGGAAGGACACUGGUUCCCAAAGAAAUCGACUUCUUCCUGCAGACAACGGCCGGUAAGGACGGGAUCAUUGACCUGGGAGAGUUCAUGAACAUGUUACAUCGUCUCAAAAUGUACAAAGCCGACGCUCCUCCAGAGAAUGUGAAACUUAAGGUUUAAAACCAGCAGGUGCUGUGGCAGAGGCAGGAUUCUUGAAAACAGGCUUUGUUUUGAGGCCACAUGUUCAGUUCUAUACAGUUUGUGCUUCACGAGAGCAACUCAAACGAUUUAUCAUCCAUUACGCCAACGAGUUUACAGUGCUCAUCGGUCAGUUCAUCGAUGGCUAUAUACAGGAUUAUACUUGACAUCUUGGUUUCUCACUUACGGGAUUAUUUAGUGUUACAUAUUUAAUAUACAGACAAGCAGGCUUUACUUUUCCCUUCACAAUGACAAUAUUUGGCAGGCUAGGUAUAUGCAGCUAUAACCAUUUAUCUCUGAAACAUUCGAACACCGGUACUUGUGGGAAUGGUCAAGCGAGGUAACAGAUACAUUGUGAAUAGGUCAACAUUCGCUUACUUGGGGACAAAGCUAUUCUGUGAAUAGGUCAACAUACUUUGACCUGUGUGGAAUAGGUAAACAUUGGCUCAUCUGUGCAUACAGCUAUAAUUUAAAGUAGUCAACAUUCUCUGAUCUGUAGCUACAUGUAUGUAAUGGUGAAUAGGUCAACAUACGCUGUGCAAAUAUCUAUAUUGUGAAUAUUCGCUGAUCUGUGUACAUCUAUGUACAUGCCGCUACAUGAACCUAGACUUAUAUAUUGUGAGUAGGCAUAU